ACUCCGCGCCCAUCUCCUCGUUCGCUGCCGGGGACUCAUUUCUUCCAAUCUCACAUCUCCGCCCAGCUGAGGGGACUGCUUGUUUCCUCUUGCCUCCAACAUUAUCAGUUUGGACUAUGGGCACUGCCAGGAACAGACUUGCCUGUAGCUUGUCUCUCGUCCUCGUAGCCCUCGUCCUGCCAUUCGCCACGAGCGCGGCAGAAUCCACGACAACCCUCCAGGAUGCCGCUGCCACUCUUCCCACCUGCGCCCUCGUCUGCUUGGGCGACGCCAUAGCGAACUCGACGUGCGCGGCGACCGACACGCACUGCAUCUGCACCAACAACGGCCUGAACCAGAAUGCGGCUGCUUGUGUCACUGCGGCGUGCACGGUGAAGGAGUCUCUCACCGCCAAGAACAUUACAUCACACCUUUGUGGCAACCAGGCCACCACCGAUCAUGCGAUCAUCCCCGUCGUCUCUGUGUUCCUCGGCCUGGCCGUUGUCGCCGUGGUCUUUCGCAUCCUAGCUCGUGUCCUCACCAAAGCAUACUUUUGGUAUGACGACCUAUGCAACUUCUUCGGCAUGGCCACAUGCAUUGCCUUUACUGUGCUGGUGAUCCUUGGCGCACUCGAUGGCAUGGGUACCGACAUCUGGUUUGUGCCCUUCGACAAGGUCACCUCUGUUCUGCGGCUCUUCUUCGCCAAUAUGCUGCUCUACACCGCAGCUCGUUUCUUCAUCCGGGCGUCCAUCAUCCUCUUCUACCUCCGGGUGUUCCCGCCCGGCAACGACAACAAGCUCGGCCGGAUCCUGAUCGGAACCAUGGUCCUCAACGUUGUCUAUAACCUGAGCUUCUUUCUCGCCGUGGUAUUCCAGUGCAAGCCCAUCAGCAGGUUCUGGACGCGAUGGGAUGGCAGCGGUGAGGCGCAGUGUAACAACAUGGAUGCCCUGGUAUGGGCUGCGGCCAUUACCGGCAUCGUCUUCGACGUGUGGCUGCUCGCCCUACCGUUCCCGCAGCUGCUGGCACUCAACCUGCACUGGAAGAAGAAGGUUAUGGGCGCCGUCAUGUUUAGUAUUGGAGCCUGCGUCAUGAUCAUUAGUCUUGUCAGGCUCAAGACCAUCAAGCAAUUCACGAGCCUUGCCGACCCGACAAAGGACAUUUCCCAGGUCACGCUGUGGUCCGGGGUUGAGAUCUACGUCGGCGUCAUCUGCACGUGCAUGCCGAGCUUCCGGUUGCUGCUGCGGCGGCUGCUGCCGCGCAUCGUCAGCGGCACGUCGGAGAACCAGAAGCACGAGCUGGACCGCAUGUCGAGCGCGGCCGCCGUGUCGCGCGCCCGUGCCGGCAGCAGCGUCGUGCGCAAGAGCACCCACCACGUCCUCGAGACGCCCAUGGACGUCAAGUACCAACCCAGCAACGACGACGAGUCGCGCGACAGCGGCACCGGCUGCACGAGCAUCGCCGAGCUCGUCUCCGCCGAGCGCGACGAGGAACACGCUAAAAGAUGAUGAAGAAGAAAAAAGGAGAAUGACGUAUAGCGAUAUGGAUAUUUCUUUUAGGAGGAUUUUUGCCUUAGGC